AUGGUACGCCGUCUACGCGAGCAAAGUACAACCGAAGAUGAAAUUGUCAUUGAUACUUCACCGCAGAAAAAACACAAACGACACAAGCACAAAAAGCAUAGAAAAAGAAAAAUUGAAAAUGACUAUGAGAGUGAUACAUCCAUAGACGUUUCUUAUGAAGAUGCUAUGGAUAAACCUUAUAAAAUUAAAAUGAAGAAGGAAGUGCCCGGUACUUCUGCUGCAGAUCUCUUAAAAGCUCAAACUAUGAAAUCGUCUUCAGACUCAAGGAAAUCUAUACCAGGAUCAUCUUCAAGUACUCCUCCAAAAGCAAGUUCAAAGAAAAAGAAGAAAGGCAAAGACAGUGGCACAUCUAGUGAAGAAGAACGAUGGCUUGAUGCAAUUAAAUCUGGAAAACUUGAAGAAGUAGAUGAAGAGCUGAAGAAAAUUAAACCAAAGGAUCCCAAAAUGAUGACAGCAAGACAGAGAGCAAUGUACGAAAGAGGAACUGAUAAAGAUGCCAGUCCUGGAGGAGAAAUUUUGCUAGCAUUGCCUUCAGGGUACAAAGAAAAAGUAAUGACUGCAGAAGCUAUACAAAAAGCAGCUUUGAAGUCCCAAAAAAGGAAACAAUUAGCAGAUGAAAAAAGAGAAAAGGAUAAGAAAAAAACUAUGGACAGACUUUUGAAGAAACAGGAAUCAAAAAAUUUAAAAAACGCUCAAAAGGGCAGACCCAAUAGAAAACAAGAGCCUAUGAUAGUAUACAAAAACAAUAAUAAUGAAAUAACAUUAUCAAUGCCUCCCGAUGUUCCCUACCCACUAGAACGUAAACUCCCAAUUGAAACACCAAAACCUGUUAAGUGCGGCUUAGAUAAUUGUAAAAAUAUCAAAAAAUAUCAGUGCUCAAAAACUGGGAUUCCAUUAUGUAGCUUAGAAUGCUAUAAGAAGAAUUUAUUAUUACUACAAGUUUCAUGA